UCAAACUUUUCUCCACCCAUGGCUUCCCUCUGUUUCACCGCCUAUAAAUAUAUUCCUACCAUUCCAUUUCUCCCCCAUUCUCCAACAAAACCCACCAAAAAAAGAAAAAGAAAAAAACGAUGAUGAUUCACAUCCCCUUUUCUGGGUUCUAAUCCGUUUCCCCUGUUUCAGCUUGCGCCGGAAAAUAUGGAGAUGAUGAACACAGCCAGUCUUCCGUUCGGGUUAACGGAUGUUUCCGAUGUCACAGCGACUCUCUCGAAUUUGAUUCUAACCGGCGGAGGGAAUACUACUUUGGAUUCGAUCUUCUCACACUGCGGGAAUUUCGUCGGCGGAGCUCUGGAUCAGGGAAUUGGCGGGUCGUCGGUUUACCUCCGGCAGCGGGAGCUUCUGCAGAGAUUCUCUCAGGAUAGGAAAGUUAAUGGGUCUCGGGAUCUGUUUUCGCGGGCGUAUGAAUUGCUGUAUUCGAGAAGCGCUGCCGUUGGGGGCGGCGGCGAGAAGAAGCUUUACAGAGGAGUGCGGCAGAGGCAUUGGGGGAAAUGGGUGGCAGAGAUUCGGCUGCCACAGAAUCGGAUGAGGGUCUGGUUGGGGACCUACGAGUCGCCGGAGGCCGCCGCAUACGCCUACGACUGCGCCGCCUAUAAGCUCCGGGGGGAAUACGCGCGGCUGAAUUUCCCCAAUCUUAAGGACCUGAAGAACGAUUUGGGCUCCGGCGAGUUCGCGAGAUUGAGUGGGUUGAAGAAGUUGGUCGACGCCAAAAUCCAAUCGAUUUUUCAGAAGAUUAGGAAGGGGAAGGGGAAAAAGACUGCGAAGAAGAAUGAUUCCCGGAGAACCGGCGGCGAUUUGGGUUCGGCUUCGUGUUCUUCGUCGUCGUCGUUGUCGCUGUCGCCGCCGCCGGUGGGGCAGUUGACGGACGAUUGGAGUUGGGAAAUGGUGUCGGCGUCGGCGUCGUCGUCGUUGUCGAUGUCGCCGCCGCCGGUGGGGCAGUUGACGGACGAUUGGAGUUGGGAAAUGGUGUCGGCGUCGGCGUCGUCGUCGUUGUCGAUGUCGCCGCCGCCGGUGGGGCAGCUGACGGACGAGUGGAGUUGGAAAAUAGGAUCGGCGGCGGCGGCGGAAGAGGGGGUGUGGAGCUGCUUUGAGAACUCGCCUCGAGCGGUUUCUGUGGAUACCUCAACGACGGCGACGGCGGCGGCGGGAUCAGAGACGGAGUGCUACUCGCUGGCGAAGAUGCCUUCUUAUGACGCAGAGCUGAUCUGGGAAGUUCUAGCAAACUAAAGCUAUGUGUAAUUUUUAAUGGGACAAAAUAGUAAAGAAAAAAAGAAAAAAGAAAGAAAGAUUUUGGUUAAACUAUAAAUUUAGCUAUAAAUUUUACUUAUCUAACCUUUUUUUUUUCCGAGAAUGUAGAAUACAGAGAAUACGGAAAUUUUGUGUUCCAUAGGACAUAGUUCAAUGAUAAUUUACACAUGCAUCCAACCGAGAGGGUUUGAGUUCGAAUCUACUGA